UUGUAGUAGUGCAGAGUUUUGUUGUGUACGCAGAUAUUUCAGGGAUCUGAGCGAGUACCAUGAGGACCCGCUCAACCGUUGUGAUGAUCUUGGCAGAAGUGGGUUUCCAGAACUCCAUGGGAUUUGAUCACACUAAUUGAAGAGGCAAUCCAUUGAAGGAAUUGAAGCCCUUCACCACUGUGGAAGGCAAUGAGCUUCCUGCGGCUUAGUUUGCUCCUUUGUGCGGCCUCGGCCUCUGCCAGCUGCGUGAUAACUGCCCAGGUCUGCCAGAACUUCCCGGACUUCAGCAGGACACAGUUCCGAGACCUUCUGGGCGAGCUGAACUUGGGCUCCGCUGGAUCAGAAGCAGUUUGCUUGAAACGUGCCGAGGACUUCCACCAUUGGUGCGGGAACAAUGCGAGCACUUCUGUGGCUUCUACCUUCAUGCUGGACAAGACACAGUUCUAUGACCCAAGUGACUCGUCCAAGGGAUAG